ACAGAACAGGCAGAGCUGAGGGCCCUCCUCUCUCAAAUAAAAUGAGGAAGUUCAGAGUAAAGUUAGUGGCAGCUUCCUUUUACAGCAUUCGGACUCAGAAGAUGAACAAGUGAAAGAAAGGAAUUAAAAGUACGCAGCAUGAAAACAUUAAAAAUAGCCUGAAAGAAAAUAACUAGCGGAGUGUACUUUGGUUUGCUGGAAUCUAUUUGGAAAGCUGAUGCAAAACUCUUGAGCUCAGACUCGCUGAUCGGAAACAGGAUGCCAAGUUAUCAACCUUGGUGUCAUGGUAAUAUAACUCGAUCCAAAGCCGAGGAUCUACUUUCCAAAGCUGCAAGAGAUGGAAGCUUCCUGAUCCGGGACAGUGAGUCCAUACAGGGAGCGUAUGCCCUGUGUGUUCUAUACCAGAACUGUGUGUACACAUACAGAAUCCUGCCAAAUGAGGAUAAGAAGCUCUCUGUCCAGGCAUCAGAUGGAGUUCCUAUCAGGUUCUUCUCUAUGCUGCCUGAGCUGGUGGAGGCGUAUUACAGUACCAACAUGGGUCUGGUCACACACUUGCAGUACCCUGUCCAGAGGGAGGAGGAGUCAGAGGAGGAGCCAGAAGCCUUUAAUCUUCCACCACAGCUUCCACCCAGGAACUUUGCUGCCAACGAUGUCAAAGAAUAUGACCCCAAGUCUUCUGAACAGGCCUGCAAGUCCUUAACAGACACCUACCUGAUGAGGCUGCAGCAUAUGGACCUUUCCUCAGUACCAGAGGAGCAUCUAUUGGCUAUCCAAGAAUACUUCAGGACCUCGAUCUGCUCAGACGCUGAACAAGUCCAGAAUGGUUACCCUACCCUGCCAGGGCUAAAGAAGCUUACUAUGGCAAUCUGCAAGAAUUUAAACAGUGAAAUUACCCGAAUCCUGCCAGCUCUGGAGAUCUUUCACAGGGUGUUCGAACAACAGCUCUCUCUAGGGACUGGAUAUUAUCCAAGACAAAUGUCUGGUGAUUCAGGUCAAUUUGUAUCAUUUAGGCUUGAGCAACUGACCAAACUGCUGUAUUCAAUAGAAGAUAAGGCUAAGAGUACUGUGUCUGAGUCUGUCGGGCACGAUGGAGGUCACAGGAAAUCUCUCAUACCUACUGUUACGUUUGAGGUCAAGCAAGAGUCUCUGGGUAUUUCCACCAAGAUGUUCCUGAAAGUGGAUGUUGAAAGUGGGAAGCUCUACUUUAAGAAGUCAAAAGAUGGACCUGAAGACAAAUACUUUGUGCACAACAAAAUCCUGCAGUUGGUGAAAUCCCAGAAAAUGCACGCCAAACUCGCAAUCUCAGUGGAGACGGAAAAAGAGAAGAUUUUGCGUAAAGAGUUUGUGUUUGAAAAUGCAAAGAAAAGGGAAGGAUUCUGCCAACUCCUUCAACAAAUGAAGAACAAACACUCUGAAAAGACCGAGCCAGACAUGAUCACAGUGUUUGUUGGCACCUGGAACAUGGGUAAUGCGGGUUGUCCCCACAACAUCAACUCCUGGUUUCAGUGUAAAGGCCAGGGGAAGACACAGGACGACACCGCCGAUCAGAUCCCGCACGAUUUCUAUGUCAUCGGGACACAGGAGGAUCCUCUGGGUGAGAGGGAGUGGUCGGAUACAGUGAAAGGUGUGCUGAGGAAUAUCACGAACAUCAGCUUCAAACAGGUGGCGAUCCACACUCUGUGGAACAUUCGGAUCAUCGUCCUGGCCAAACCUGAGCACGAGAACAGGAUCUCACAUGUUUUCUCAGACAGUGUGAAGACAGGGAUUGCCAACACUCUGGGAAACAAAGGAGCAGUGGGCGUGUCCUUCAUGUUCAACAGGACAUCAUUUGGCUUUGUGAACAGUCACCUCACCUCAGGAAGUGAGAAGAAAAUCAGACGCAAUCAAAACUACAUCAACAUCCUGCGAUUCCUGAAUCUGGGAGAUAAGAAGCUGAAUCCGUUUGACAUCACACACCAGUUCACUCACCUCUUCUGGCUCGGCGAUUUAAAUUAUCGUGUUGAAUUACCAUCUACAGAAGCUGAGUACAUGGUGACAAAGAUCAAACAGCAGCAGUACCAGGAGCUGCUCAGUAAAGACCAGCUCAGCAUGGAGAGGAAUGAUGGGAAGGUCUUCUUACAUUUUGCUGAAGAGGAAAUCACGUUUGCACCCACAUAUCGCUUUGAAAGAGACACUCGAGAGAAGUAUGCCUACACAAAGGCCAAAGCAACGGGGACAAAAUACAAUUUGCCCUCCUGGUGUGAUCGUGUCCUGCGGAAGUCAUAUCCUCUGGUCCAUGUGGGCUGCCAAGCAUAUGGCUGCACUAAUGACAUCAUGACAAGUGACCACUCACCAGUUUUCGCCUCAUUUCAAGUGGGUGUGGCCUCCCAGUUUGUCUCCAAGCAAGAUCUAAACAGCGCAACUCAAGGUGGGAUACAGAUCAUGAACUCUGUAGCCACCUUGUUGACAAAAUCAAAGACCAAGUUCUUCAUUGAAUACCACUCCAGCUGCUUAGAGAAGACAGUAAAGACUUCAGAGGGAGAGAACACGGAGCAUUCAGAGGGGUCAAUAAAAGUUUGGUUUGGAAACCAAGUUCAGCUCACACCAAUCAUCUGUGACCCCGAGUACCUCUUGGACCAACACAUCCUCAUCUGUGUGAAGUCGACAGAUAGUGACGAGUCGUACGGAGAGGGCUGUGUUGCUCUGAGAGCUGCUCAGUUCUGCUACACAGAGUUCCAGAUCACACUGACUCACCACGGAGAGAAGACGGGAACUUUGACAGGAGGCAUACAGUUACACACCUCUGAGGGCAAGACCACGGAGAAGUUAUAUGAUUUCAUCAAAGUUGAAAAGGACGACACAGUCGCCCCAAAAGGCAAAGGCGGAGACUCAAACAAGUGUUCAGUCACCCAGGCACAUGAUAUUUCUAACCCCAACUACAUGGGUGUGUCGUUCCAAAAAGGCAAUGUGAUCGAUAAAGGUUGGAGUUACAGCAUGCCACCAAAAAAUAAUCCAGUCACUGGGCAAGGGAGUAAAGAACCCAGGAAAGUUGGCCAUGAUGCGAGCACAUGCAGUAUCACAAAUCCUACGGGUGAAGGUGAGCAGAAGUCAGAGAUGUUUGACAAUCCGUUAUAUGGAUCAAUGGGAAAGUCACAUUCUCGGGGAAAGGAUCAAGACCACCAGCAGAAGGAUCAACUCAUACCAGCUGAUCCAUUCUUUAAACAAGCAGACGGAGACCUUGAUCGCCCCCCGUUGCCCACCCCACGCAACCGCUCCUUCACCUGCUCUGAGACCAAACCUCAGCCUCAGCCUCCCACCCCGCUCACCCUGCUUCCGUCAGUGUACAAGAAACCGGUGGUGCCUUCACGCUCAGAAGGCGGGAUGGGGCCCAACCGUCCUCCUUUACCGUCCAAGUCUCGGCCAGGUGUGCCAGAGCCUCAGAUCACAAAACCCAGAGACUACAGAGAAAGCUCCGAACUCCAGAGCAAACUAAGACCGCCAGCAAGACCGGCCCAGCCACAGCAGCAAAAAGACAUGUAUGCUGAAGUCCCCAAGCUGGGCCGUUCUGUGAAGUGAAACCAGACUGCAGCCGUGACUCUACAGCUUCCUGCUCUGCUUUUUGGAAACAUAAAAUAUGAAAAGGCAAGCUUCAGUCAGUUGAUCCCCUAGCUAAAUGUAUCACACAUUGACUGUAUAUAAAGAUGGAUGAAGUGUCUCCGAAUCCUCCUGUAGUACAAAAUGAAGCCAAAAUUAUACCUGUGGUGAGCGCUGAAAUAGUAAAUGGUAAAUGGACUUAAGCUUG